CUUUCAUAUUCCCUCAUUUUUUUAAUUGGCCAAAUGUUUUCCCCCAAAACCACUUCUGUCAGUUCCCAACGUUCCCUUUUCACCUCUUCACAAGUCCUCGCUAUUUUCAUUUUCUCUCUUUCCAGUGGAAAAACUAAGUAUUUUUUCCUUCGGUUAGUAGAAAUUAAGGUUUGUGUUUUUGUUUGUCGAGUAUUUUUUUCGUUGUUGUUGUAUGUUAUGGGAGUGAAAAUUAAUCGGAUCUACAAAUUGAUUUACAGAUCGGUGAAUUAAUGAUUUGAAGUUGAAAUUAAGUUAAAGAAGAUACACCCUCCCCCUGUUGCUGUUGUUCCUAUAUGAAAAAUUAAAUCAAUUUCCUGUGUUGUACACAAAAAUCAGACCUAGGGUUUGGGUGCUCCAUCUUGUUCCUAUAUGAAAAAUUAAAUCAAUUUCCUGUGUUGUACACAAAAAUCAGACCUAGGGUUUGGGUGCUCCAUCGUCCAUUCCAGUUCGACAAUCGAAGAAUUUGUAGAGCUUGGUAAUCAUUCUGUGUAAUCGAACCUUGGUCUGAACUAGCGGUUCCAGCAACAAGGCGAAUUUCUGAGGCAAUGAAGCAAUCCAGCAAUCAUGAGGCCGAGGGUCGGAAAUCAAAGUCAAGAGGACCUUCAGUGCAAAGAAAGCCCUUGAAACCAAGAGAUUAUCAAGUGGACCUCGAAUCUCGUUUGGGAAAGACUCAGCUGAAUUCCGGGAAAGUUGUGGCUGUUGGGCCAGGGCUGCACGACAAGGCAGGAAACCGGAUCCCAAUUGCGGUCAAGAAAGUUGACACCGUCUUGUUGCCCGAGUAUGGCAGUACUCAAGUCAUGUUGGGGGAGAAAGAGUUUCAUUUGUACCAGGAUGAAGACAUUUUGAGGACACUGCACAACUGAGCAUCUAUAUAUUUGAGUUCAUUCACGCUGUUGAGGUUAAUUUAAGGGGGGUGGGCAGGUUAAUUUCAAGGAUGUUUUUGGUUAAGUUAUUGAAUUGUUGACAACUGUGUUUGAUAGCUAAUGUAAUGAUAGUUGAAUAACCUUUGCACUUCUAUUCUUUUAGUAUUGAAUUCUUGACAUGAAAACCUUUUUGUACUGC